AUGGAGCUCCCAUCGCGCCCACAUCCACCUGCGCAGCGGGAAGGCAGGCGAUCUAGCGAGGCGCAGAUCCACCAGAAAGGGUCCCAUUUCGGCGCUACCCACGCUGCGAACGGAGCAGUGGUCUUCCAGGGCAACUUUGUCGGUCUUACCUUUAGUAAGUACAUCCUUAGCUAUAAUCACUCCGCAGUAGCGGCCCGUGCCGACUUCGCAGGCCACUUCGCACACGCUGCGCUCGAGCCCGUCAAGGCGUUUGUCUCACGUAGUUUAUUGCACGACCAGAUAUAUGCGCAGCUCGGCCGCGACGCUGUACACAGCGGCACCAGGACGCUCGUGGUAUGGGGACUUGGCGGGGCGGGCAAGACCCAGCUAGUGCUAGAUUACGUGCAGCAACAUCGCGACCAGUACAAGGCGACCUUCUGGAUCGAGGCAGGGCGCAAGGAGUCGCUAGAGCGCGACUUUGUGCGCCUAUACCAGACGCUGUUCGGCCUACACACGUCUGCUGGGCAAGAGACAGCGAUUAGCGUAGAGGAUGCCGUGACUGGAGUAAAGAGCUGGUUUGCGGGUCAGCGAGGCCGGUGGCUGAUGGUGUUUGAUGGCGCCGACACGAUUGAGGACGAGGAGGCUGACGGGUACAUUAACGUCAAGCACUUUAUCCCUAGCACAACGGCACUAGAUGUUGUUAUAACAAGUCGAAGCAGCACGGCGAAGGACCUAACGCGGCUAGAGGGAGUGCAGGUGGGCGAGAUGGAGGCGGGGCAGGCAGCUGAGCUGUUCCAGAAGUACGCAAAGAUUCCGCGGUACGACGCGACUGCUAAAGACGAGACUCUGUGCAUCGUUAAAGAGCUUGGAUGCCUAGCGCUGGCUGUCACGCUCGCUGCUACCUACGUCGGGCGGACGCCGCGGCUGCAGAGCAACAUUAAGGCGUACCUAUCAGAGUACAAAGAGCGACGGCGGGAGCUGCUCCAGCGCAAGCCUGAGAGCCUGGUGCACCAGUACAGCGAGAGCGUGCUGACGACGUGGGAGACGUCGUAUGCAGCCGUUGCCGGACAGUGCGUAGAGGCAUCAGUUUUAAUGACGAUACUAUCCUUUCUUAGCUUCGACGAUAUAUAUCUCGAGCUUUUCUGUGCUAACGGAGAAGUGAGUAGUAUAGGACGAAUAGGGGAUGAGGCUAAGACGAGCUGGAAGAGCCUAGUCUAUCCGCAGCAGACAGUGGAUAUGUACAAGAUCGAAGAGUGCUUUGCAGUGUUGCAGAAGUACUCGCUAGUCUGGUGGAAGGCAGAGCAACAAGGCUAUGCGAUGCAUAAGCUGGUGCAUGCUUGGGGCUACGACCGGCUCGGCGCAGAAGAGCAAGGCUGGUACAGCCAGGCAGCGUUUGGGCUCGUGGUGGAGGCAAUAGAGAGGUGUAGUCGCGCGCCAGAAGACAAGCUACGGCUUGUGCCGCACGUGAUGGGGAGCUUUAUAGCACUAACUAGAACGCAUGAUAAGACAAACGGGAUUACAGAAGAUGUGAUAGACGAGAUAGUAGGUGUGGGGGGAUUUACGACAGACCUAGGGCGAUGGCUAGAAACGCGUGCAGUUGAGGAGUAUGUGCUAGAGAAGAGAAGGCGGAUCCUUGGAGAAGAGCACCCUGACACCAUCUCGGCGAUGAACAACCUCGCCAACACGCUCGGAGAGCAAGGCCAGCUAGACGAGGCAGCUAAGAUGAAGAAAGAGGUGCUAGAGAAG